CUCUGCAUAACUUCACGACGGGAUCUCCACAGAGCAACUUCGGAAAACGACUAUGAGUUCUUCAGAGGCAGCAGCUACCACUACCAAAGGUGGAAGGGGCAAACCCAAGACUUCAAAGUCCGUUUCCAGAUCCACCAAAGCAGGUCUUCAAUUCCCCGUUGGGCGCGUGGCUCGCUAUCUGAAAGCCGGUCGCUAUGCCCAGCGCGUGGGGUCUGGUUCUCCAGUUUACCUUUCUGCUGUUCUCGAAUACCUUGCUGCUGAGGUGUUGGAACUUGCUGGAAACGCGGCGAGGGAUAACAAGAAGACGAGGAUCAUACCGAGGCACAUUCAACUUGCAGUGAGGAACGAUGAAGAAUUGAGUAAGUUGAUGGGGCAUGUGACAAUUGCAAGUGGAGGGGUACUGCCUAACAUCAACCAGAAUUUGUUGCCGAAGAAGGUCGGCAAGGGAAAAGGCGAAAUUGGAUCUGCUAGUCAGGAGUUUUAG